GUAAAGUAUUUAUAUAGUUAGAGAAAUAUAAGUUAAGACCAAAUAAAUAGUUAAGUCUAAUGAAAUGGUCCAACAAUCUUGUUUAAGUAGAUUUUUUAGGAGUGAUUCCCUUUUAAUAGUAUAGAUUCUGUGACUUUUACCUCUUGACUCUUUCUAAUUCUCAGAAUAAAAGAAACAACAAACUUAGUGCUUGGUGUGUCUGCAGAAUUCUUAUUAAUGUAAACAUAAUCCCCUAUAUAUUAAUUGGGAAGCAUUGUUUUAAAAUGAACUUAAAGUACAAAUCUGACGUGUCAGCCUCUCAGCUGCUCUCAGACCCUUUUUAAAAAUGUCCGUUAGUUACUAGAAGAUUUACAGUUUAUGCCACUGGACCGACCAAAUUUUAAUAAAGUCACGAGCGCUUUAUAAGGAGCGACAUAUUAAUAUCAAGAUGGAUUGGUUUAAUCCCGGUUACUUCAAAAGGUAAUUUGUCUCAAUUGAUUCUUGUCCACGAUUUUCCUGCGGUACACCGAAUAAAAUAUAUUAGGAAGAUCUUAUUUCUAUAUUUCAUCCCUGUCUACCAUUAACUCUAAAUAUUUUUAAGAGGAUUGUCUGCGUGAUUAGCAAACUUAAAUUGUUUCUUUAUGUGCUACUGAACAACUUUAUUCUCUAAAUAAUUAUUGCUCUAUAUAUUACAGGAAGGUAAAUAUUAGAUUUAGGUUAUUAAAUCAUCAUUGCUCUAUUAAAUGUACAAUGUACAAUAUACGAAACUUUAGUGCUACUUUUAACAUAGGUCUACCUAUAUAAUGUCACACCCAAGGUAUUUCAUCAUCAUUUCACACAAUCAACCAAAAUUUUCUUUUGAUCACCUAGACUCUUUGCAAUCGCUUUUCAGUUCAAGAGUUAUGGUUUCAUUGGCGUUUCAUCCUCUUGAAUUUAUGGUUUCAUCUUCUUCAAUAUCAGAAACACCAACCGAACUCGAAUAAGUAUCCGGACGCCCAUCCCUAGAGACUUAUAUAUAUUUGGGCCUUAUUCUAUAUGUUUUGCGGAUUUAGGUCAUUCAUGUAGUUCUUUAAUUCGUUUUCUUUUACCGUUUUUAUGUUUUAUAAUUGAUCAAAACUGUUUUAUUAUUACAAAUAAAAUAAAAUUAAAAUCUGUAAACCAGGUACAAAAUACAAAAAAAAAAAAUUAUAUAGCUUUCACCCCGCGCAAGGCGCGGGUCGUCACCUAGUUCAUUCUUAUUACAUCAACGUAUCAAGAACGUUUAAAGAGUAUAAAUCUUUAUUAAAAACAUACUUAUAUCACUUUCAAAUUGUUGACAUUUUCUUGUUUUUUUUAAUUGAGAGAGAAUGGCAUGAAUCUUUCCUGCAUUUGCCGUCUCUGUAUUUUUUUUAAUCUCUAAUCACACAAUUAAUAUGUUUAUGUUAUGAUUAGAUACAAAUGAAAAAAACAGAAUAUAAACACAGUGCGUUUGAUUACUUCAUAACUUCAUUCUUUUCAAAGUAAACAAAAAACCAAAAAAUGCUUUGUAUUUGGUUGUGAAGAUUGAAUGAGUAAAAAUUGAAAACCUGCAAAAUGAGUUUUGCAGGUGGGAGAGAUGGAUCUAAAGGUUUCAUGAAGAGGGUUACAUCAACUUUCUCCACUAAGAAAAACAAGAACACAACAAAUGAUCCCAAACCACUACUUCCUCGGUCCAGAUCAACUGGUUCAAACUAUGAAUCCAUGAGGCUAUUUCAUGGUCAGGGGAAAAGGGCUCUUCCAGAUGUUAACACAAAGAGAACCAAAUCUGCUGGUGUCUCUCCUCAGCCGAGGCGUCAAAAGAUCGAUGGAUCCGGGAAACAGUUCACCAAGCUGAGAUGUUUUGAUGACAGCGAUUCCGUUUGGCUGUCUUCGGAUUGCGCUUCUUCCAGCUCUCUUCUAGGGCAACGCAGAGUCUCUGUCUCGUUUCAUUUCUCGCUCGACGAAAGGGUUGUCUCUUGGUUAUCAAAUGCUGCUAAGAAUCAAGAUGACACCAUCUCCACCGAAGAGAGUCAUCAGAAAAGUUCAAAGAAGGCAAAAUAUUCUUCAGAGAGCAACAACAACAAGACUUGUCCAAGUGAAGAGUCAUAUGCGAGUCCUGAGUUGACUUUACAAGAAGACAAGAAAGUUAGCUUCUCUUUAGAAUCAGAGAUGUCUUUGGAGAAAGCUGCAGAGACUGGUGAUUCCAAGAGCGGCUCCGUUGCGGAGCCGCUCUUCUGGCCGUAUGAGCAGAAGUUUGAUUGGACACCGGAUGAUAUAUUGAAGCAUUUCUCCAUAUCUCCUCGGCGAAAAAAGUCAACGGGAAAUAAAAGUAAUGGUACCUCUCCAAGAUCAAUGAGGGCACAGCUUCAGACAAGAAAGCUGGUUCUCAAAGAAGGAUGUAAGAGAAAACUCAUGUUCAAUGGUCCUGGAACAAGUCCAAAACAAGCGAGGACAAUCGGUAAUAAGAAAACCAAGAUGAGCAGGAACCAACAACAACAACCCAUCAUGAAGAGUUUGAAGAGGAACAAUAGUUUGCCAGCAAGUUUGAAGAGAAACUCGAGGGAGGAGGUACAUGUUCAAGCUGCUGAAGAGAGUGUAGAGAUGUGCAAAAAAACACCUAAGAAGCUUAUCAUGACACGCAGGUCCAGGACUUUCAUAGAAGAUGACUUUGCCUUGAUGAAUGAUUUCUCUAUAGAAAAUGCGGUGGGGCUUUGCGAGUUCAGGGGAAGAGAAGGCAUUGAUUCAGACUUCAACACUGAUGGUUUCUUGUUUGAAGAUGCUCUAUGAAAAAGAAAAAGCCUUUACAGGUCGAGACUAUAACAACAUCUGCACUGUAGAUUAAGGAAUUCGGCUCCGAACCUCCUGGUAUUUUCAAAAAAAAAAACAUCUGCAUUGGAGACAGUUUUAUUUCAAUAAUUGUGUAUCUAUUGGUACAAGUUUGGGAAUCUCUGAAAUGAGUUUGCAUAGAGAUGGUUUCCCUUCUUCUUGGAAUGUUUUAGCAGAAUAAUCGUUUCCCUUAUAUUAAAGAUUUGCUACA